GCCAAAAAUAGUGCCCUUUUUUGUUAAAAGCAUAAAAGUUUUGAAUCAUUGUUUGAUUGACUCAUAGUUUUGUCUCAAAUUCACUACAAAUACAAUAAAACACUUAUUGACAGACAAUCGGUGGUAAACAUCACCCAAACUGAUCCAUCCAUUCAUCAAUUGAGUCAACGAAACCAACAAAUGACAUCAUCAGCGAUGAGGGCUGUGGUCAGCGAAGACAGCGAAUGGAUUGGCUAUGGAUUGGGCCCUCGUUUCCGGUUAAGACGUGUGUCGACUGUCGACGGAUCCAAACGGAGCCUCAAACUGAUGCCGAGUCCGUUAGACACUGACAACACAUACAUUUGCUGUUUCGAUGUCCCGCAGACCGACUUCGAGGUAGAGGUGGACAACGUCUUCAGCGCCGCAAACAUUGAGUACUCGUUUCAAUACUCGCCCGUAUUUGUCAAGAGAUAUCACUUGAGACGCGGCCAACGGUUGACACACAAAGCCAUUGACAUCAGUGGUAAGCAAUUGGUGUUUAAGCGUAACGACGGCUCGCAGACCAUCGACGAUGUGAUCCGUUUGAGAGCCAACCGAUACGGACUCACUGUCGAGGAGACACUCAUUUUGUGCUCCAGAAUCGGUGUCGCCGUCAAAACGGAGAAACCAUUUGAGAUAAAAGGCCAACAAAUGCGGGUUAAUAUCCACUACACCUAUCGUAAUGGCGGCUCUCUUAUGAAACAAGACUUUGACCUAAAGAUCGGAUCCGAUAAUACUGUGGGCGAUAUGAAGAGAUUGAUCGACGAGUUGGAAGGCAUCGCAUAUAAGGACCAGAAGUUGUUUAAAGUGAAGUAUUUGUUUGAUUCGCAGACUCUGAAAGAGUGCGAUAUCGAUGACAAUUGUACGGUGUAUUUGGUGCCCAAAGUGAUCGGUGGACUCGAUGUGAGCGAUCUGGACAUGAAUGAGAUAUACGGCCAAAGAGGACUCGUCUGCUUUAUGGGUCCCACCGAUCAGUCGGCGUAUCCUAUUAUCAGAGGCUUUGAAGCGGACGAUACGCGUCGUGUCAUACCAUUUACUCUUGAGUUGCGUUUCACUGGACCUCAAGAGUGAUCACAAAUCUAUUGUAACUAUCAUUUCAUAAUUGAAU